AUGCCCAUUAAAUAUAGUUGUGUCAAUGAAGGGACAACCAUCCUAGCCGAGCACCCACAGGGUGAACUCCCUAAACUUGCGGAGUUGACGCAAAAGGUUAUAGCCACAGUGCCCGGAAACGAGUAUCGAAGGAAGACGGUUGAAGAUAAGGAUGGUGGAGUCAACUAUCACUAUAUCAGCAACGGUGAGGGCCGCACUGUGGCGUGCGUAACAACGAAUGAUAUGAGGAUGCGAACGGUUUUUGCAUUUCUUGAGGCUGUCGAGUCCGUUGUUCGGUCGAGUGCCGGUCAGUCGGGGGGCGAAUUGCGCAACGGCAAGAAACUUCUUCAGCAGAAAAUGGAGUUUUACAACAACCCGCAAAACGACCGUAUUACGGCCUUAAACGACGACAUCAAUCAGGUUGUGGAUGUAAUGAUGGACAAUAUGGACAAGGUACUGGCCCGUGGGGAUCGUAUUGACACAUUACAUGAAAGGUCUGCAACUCUCUCGGAGCAAGCGCAGCAGUUUCAGCGGCGUUCCACGCAGCUCAAGCGUAAUAUGUGUCUGAAAAACCUUAAACUCACAAUUAUGAUUGUCCUUACGGUAGUUGUGAUCAUAUUCAUUAUCAUUAUCUUUAUCUGCAAACCGAACUUUUCCAACUGCAAGUCAUAA